GUGCUGUUGUGAGCGGCCCUGGUUUCGCAUCGGCCGGUGCGGUUGCCGGGGGAGCGAACAGUUGCCAAGCCGAUUGCCUCGAAUCCGGCAUGGGCCGCGUUUGUUUCGAACCUGAUCCCUUCACCAUGACGACGGAGGGGCAGUGGAAAUAUGUUGGGACCGGCAACGGAGCCUACGAAAAUGUACAGUCGGUUGCCUACGUCGGGGAGGGUGUUGGAAGCUGGGAUCGAGCAGAGGUCACCGCCUACAAGGGAUAUCGGUGCAAGACCAUGUGCGUUUGCUUGGCGAUCCUGGUGCUGGCCAUUGUUGCUUGUAUUGUGUUCAUUCCGUGGGUGUGGCCGAAGGGUGCUGCUGCUGCUGACGACAUCAUUCCCUGGGAACAGGAUUGCUCUAAGGGCGUCCAUGACUGGAAGCACCUGUGGGAUUCAGCCAAGCAGAACUAUUGCUGCCAGUACCAGAGCAUUGGUUGUCCCGGCGCUGUGGCGACUCCCGUGAAGAUUGUCCGCCACACGCACUACGUGACACGGGUGCACCGGGUGCCCCAUCCGGUGACACACUACGUUCAGGUGCCGGUGAAACACGUGGUGUACCAUCAUGUUUACACACGAGAGCAGCCAUACGACUGCGAGGUCGGUUCUGAGGAUUAUGCCCACAAGUGGACCACCAAGCACCAGCGCUACUGCUGCUUCCUUGAGCAGAAGGCUUGUAUGAAGAAGGUCGUGGAGCACGUACGUAACAUCACCGUGGUCAAGAGCAAGCUUGUCCCAAAGUACAUCCCUAUGAAGGAGACGGAAGAGAAGACAGUGGUGGUUCCCAGGUACGUCCCAAAGGUGGUUGAGCCGCAGCCAAUCCAUGUGGCCGUGCACCAGCCUCCCAAGAUCGUGUAUAGGACGAUCAACAAGACGAAGUAUAUCAAAGUCCCCGUUCCCGGCAAACCGAAGAUCGUGGUGCAAGAGGAACCCUACGAUGUUCAGAUGCCACCCGAGGUGGUGAAGAUCUAUGAUCACAUCAAGACUGAACCUGUGGAGCAUGAGCAUCACUUCAAUUGUGACGUGGGUUUUUCCAAUUGGUACCGUGGAUGGUCCCCGAGGAAGAAGGAAUGGUGCUGCGCCAACGAGGACCGGGGAUGCCCUGGCACCUGGCAUGGACAUGGACAUGCUCACUGGCAUAUGGAGGCUCACGUGGCUAGCAUGGGCAAGGCGACAGGGCAUAUCUAUGAUUGUAACGCGGGCUUUUCGAACUGGCUGCAUGGCUGGUCAGAGUCCAAACAAGCCUGGUGCUGUAAGAAGGAGCACCGCGGAUGUGCCCCGCACACCUGCAGUGGGACAUCCCUGUCAUCCUGGAGUGAUGCGAAGCGUGACUGGUGCUGCAGCAAUUUCCAGAAGGGCUGCGCAGCCACCACUUUGUCACCCAAGAAAUGUCUUGCAGUUUGCACGCACUCGGGGGAAUCUGCGACCUGCAUGGACCGCAUCCAUUGGGCCAAGCGCCACGUGUUUGCUGGCCGUGACAAUGCCUGUGCUCUCGGAUACAGUCAGGUGCAAGUUGAGUGCAGUGUUUGCCGUGCCUGCAGUAUUGAGGAGGCCGGUUGUUCAUUGCAUGUGGCGACUUCCGCAGCCUUCGACUGCAACGCGGCACUGAGCAAUUUCUUCAGAGCAUGGUCCCCUUCAAAGAAACAGUGGUGUUGCACCCAGCAGGGGAAAGGCUGUGAAGGCUCCAGUCCUCCACAUGUGGAUCCCGGCUUCGGCAUGAUGUGGAAACACGUACAGGUGAAUGGCUAUUGGACUUGGGUAGCAGUACACGGUGGAAGCACUCACGUCCCAUUGCCGUAUGACUGUCAUGCAGGCUUGGCCAAUUUCCAGAUUGGCUGGUCCAGUGGCAAGAAGGCUUGGUGCUGUUCCAAUCGGCAUUUGGGCUGCGGUGGCGCCGGCGGAGCCGCUGGCGGGGCCGCUGCCGCUGGUGGGGCAGCUUCGGGCAGCUUCCACAUUGUGCACCAUUCCAGCGGAGGAUUUGCUCAUGGCGGUGGAGGAUUUGUUCACCAUGGAGGUGUUGUUCACCAUGGAGGUGGUGAGUUUCACAUGGAGCACCACCAUGUUGUGCACCAUGGUUGAGCAGCGCUGCAAGCGUCCAAGAUGCCAAAACUGGCAGCGACUUGGCCGAUUCCUGGUUUGGUGCAAAGAUCUGCGCCGAUGUCAAGGACAAUGCAUGAACUUCAGCUGAAUUUGUCGCGACAAAUUCGCUCAAACAGCGCUGCAUGCGGCGGUAGCAUGGACAAAGACUUUUCCCCUUGCUGCCCCACUUUCGCAUGGACUGCCGUUUCAACUCAGUGUGGCGUGGCGUGAAAAAGA